GGGGUGUUUUUUGGGGGGGUAGGUCAUUGAAGUGGGACUCUGGAGGUACAGUCUGUUCUCCCAGGGAUGCCACCCACUUCCUGCGUGGUAGGAGGAGGAAAGUCACUUGUUGUUCUAGGUCUCAGCUCCCCAGCUGAGAAUGAUGCUGUCUCCCUCCUCUCCUUUUCCAGCUUGCUUGUUUAUCUCACUAACUUUUCAUCAGAGUAACAUCCACUCUGCCUCUGUGCUGAGCACAGUGGGUCCUGCUCUUGGCUGGGGCUUCUAGACAACACUACGAAUAACAGACAUGAUUCUCUCUCUGUGCCUGUCUUCUCCCUCUCUGUCCAUGCUCCAGUGCUUGUGAGACUCUGCAAAGAGACGCUGUCUUCUGCUGCUUCGGGAUCCCAGCAAGAAAUGGGAGUCUGAUGGAUAGUAAAUGUACCUGCUUUGUUUAAAACGCAGCCAAACAGAUAAGUGCACUUUCAAUUAUCUCCAAACAGUGCUUUAGACAUAGCUGUGCACAGCAUCUCGGUUCAGUUUGGUGAGGCUCUGUGCUUCACGCCUGCAAAUGAAUGCUGUGUGGGUCUCAUUUCAGCUGAGAAAUACCAGACGAUAUUGGUAUUUCACAUUAAGGUAAUUAAUUGGUGUCUGAGGGAACUGCAGCUGAGGGGUUGGGAGGCUCCCAAGGGUCUUUCCCUGCUCUUCCAUAGCUGCUGUCUCCCGCAGCCCUGUGAGGUUUUGGGACUCUGAGGAGCAGCUCUGUGGGACCAGACGAGGCUGACGUGACCCAUCUGAGCCGUAAAGAGUCCUCCGGGACUCAUUAGAGGUUUAAUAACUAGACUUGGCUGGUUUGAUUGAGAAGAUGCUUGUGCAGGCUUGGCACAAUCUCAGAGAAACCAGCUCGUGCUGCUGGCAGGAGAAAGGGCUUUCUGCAUGUGCUUGUCGUAUGUGUGCAGAGAAAGUGAUAACCCUGCUUCCUCCUGCCGGCUUCCAGGUGGGAAAAGAGCUGGGGAUGGGGGAGAAAAGACCUUGGUUACACUGAGUUUGCACAGGGCAUGCAAAGAAGUAUUGUGGGUGAAUUGUAACAAGAAUGGUCCCCUCAAAGUUAGGGAAUCUAACUCUACCAUCUCUCUACCAAGAAAGCAAUUUCUGGCUGCUUAGGUCUGCUUCUAGAGGUGACCACUGUCUCCUUGUGGACACACCACUGCAAUUACUAAAUUAUUCAAGAAACCCAUAAAAUAGGGUCUCAUGUAAAGCACAGCUUUGCAAUAAUAUACAGCCAUGGGGCUGGAGCAAAUAUUCACCAUAAUGCAAUUUACUGUGUUAGAAUAAUGAAAAAAGCAUUGAAGCUGGGUGUGUGAGCAUUGUUGGGGAUGUGUGGCAGGAGGCCGGACAAGAGCCAAAUUAUCUACUCCAGACUUGUCUUGCCUGCUCUGCCAGGGAUAAUUACCAGUGUAAAACAUCUACCUGGCUAUUAGGAAAACUAGAGACCUGUUUGCUGCAGCAAAUUAGGCUGCAGUAACUGACCUGAAUUCGUGUUACCUUCCUAAACAAAAGGUGAGUUUCUUGGUGAAGUUGCCAAUUUAGGAGUGAUAGAUAUGGGAGAGACAAGGAGGGGAAGGGAGAGGCUGCUGCACUUUGCGAGAACUGAAUCUGGAUCAACUCAUGAUCCCUGAAGUGUCUGAAGUUCCUUCUUUUCUAGGAAAAACUUCACUGCUGCUAUUACCAAGAAUUUUUUAAUAUUAAUAGAAGAAAUGACAUGUCUGUUAGUAAUGACUAAGUUCUGUCUUACAAUUGUAAACAGUAUUUAUUCCUGACUCUUCAAUACUUUGAAAGCAAAAAGGCUUGACGCUGUAUGAAGAAACACUGAUAAAAUGGAGCUCUAGGGAGACAAUCAGGGCUAGUUCAUUCAGCAAGGAUGGAUAGGAAGUUCAAAAAGCUUAAAUCAUCUCUGUGCACCAACUAAUGCAGCUUAAUGUUUUUCUAACCUCAGAGGUUCUCAAGGUCUUGAUUGUUAGGUUGGCAACUUUAAAUCUGUUUUUUGCCAGUGAGCUGAAAUCAAUGUACCCCUGUAUUAGGUCGCAUUAAAUUAACCCUAAGCUGGCCAGUUCCAGUCUGGGCACUCUGAUAUUGAUCAAAGUCAAAUCUGGAAACCAUCCUGAAGUGUGGCUGGCAUGCAACAUGUGGUGCCUGGAAGAAGAAGCAGCAGAAAACACUUAGAGUGUCUCUUGGGAGCUGUACUGAUGAGAGAGAUGAUACCAAGGGUGUUCUAUGCACCUGUGGUUUGGCUGGUGCUUCCUGAAGCUGAGGAGAACAGAUUCAACAGCUCUUAACAGGUUAUUGAAAAAAAAAUUUGUCCAGAAAAGAAGAUCCUCGAAACCCUAACUCCUUGUCUUACAGGUGAACCUUGAGGAAACUUGGGGACUGUAGCUCCUGAAUGCAUGACCUUCCCCUGUGAUUAGACAAAAGCCAUGGGGAAAGACAAGAAAGAAGAGGCCAUCUUCCUGAGGAAAAAGAUAACCUUGCUGCGGGCUUUCUCGCUGCUCAUUGGCAGCAUGGUUGGCAGUGGCAUCUUUAUUUCUCCCAAAGGAGUACUGAAAAACUCUGGCAGCGUGGGCUUCUCCCUGGUCGUCUGGUUCUCCUGUGGGCUCCUCUCCAUGUUUGGUGCCUUGUGCUAUGCAGAGCUUGGAACAAGAAUCACCAAGUCUGGAGGACAUUAUAUCUACAUUUUGGAGACACUAGGACCUCUGCCAAGCUUCUUAUUCCUGUGGGCAGAGUUUUUUGCUAUCAGGCCUGCCAACAGUGCUGUGGUUUCCUUGGCAUUUGGACGCUACAUGCUGGAGCCAUUUUUUGCCCCCUGUGCUGCCCCUGUGCCUGCGGUGAAGCUCGUGUCUCUCCUGGGCUACUACACGGUCCUCACCCUCAAUUCCUGGAGUGUCACCUGGAGCGCACGGCUGCAGACGGCUCUCUCUGUUGUUAAACUCCUGGCUCUUGCACUCAUCAUCGUGCCAGGGAUGAUGCUGCUGGCCCAGGGCCACACCGAACACUUCCAGGAUGCUUUUGACCGACAGUCUCUGGUUCUGGAUAAGCUCCCCCUGGCUUUCUAUGCAGGCAUGUUCGCAUACUCAGGCUGGUUUCAGACCAGCUUUGUGCGUGAAGAGUUGGUCAAACCUGAACGAAAUAUCCCCCUGGCUGUCAUCGUGUCUGUGAUCACGGUAAUUGUGGGGUACAUGCUCACCAAUGUCUCGUAUUACACAGUCCUGGGAACACAAGAUGUUCUGGCUUCUCCUGCUGUGGCUGUGAGCUUUGUGCAGCGAGCCUUCAAAAGCCUGAUCUCCGUGGUCCCUGUCCUUGUUGCACUGUCCUGCUUUGGAACCAUGAAUGGAGGAAUCUUCACAUUUUCAAGGACUCUGUUUGUGGCUUCCAGGGAAGGACAGUGGCCUCCCCUCUUCUCUAUGAUCCACAUUCGACGGCAUACACCCCUUCCUGCUGUCAUGUUAAUGUUCCCUUUGGUCACUGCCAUGGUGUGCAUUGGAGACAUCUACCAUCUACUGAACUUCUUCAGCUUUUCCCGAUGGCUCUUCAUAGGAUUAGCCACCCUCGGGCUCAUCGUCCAUCGCCACCGUCACCCAGAGCUGCACAGCCCCUUCAAGGUUCCCCUGUUUGUUCCUGUCUCUUUUACCAUCAUCUGCCUCUUCACAGUGGCAAUGUCUUUCUACUCAGACCCUGUGAGCAUUAGCAUUGGAUGCACCAUGGUUUUGAGUGGUUUUCCAGUCUACUACCUCAUAAUUCACAGGCAGAUGUCAGACCGCUGCCGCAACCUGUUUUAUUAUCUUACACACAAACUACAGUUACUGCUGGAAGUUGUCCAACAAGAAAUCAAGACUUACUGAGAAAACCAUCAGAAACUCACAGAAGACGAUAAAAAUAUAUUACUCCAUUUUUGACACCUUUGAUCCUACCAAAAGCAGGCCAUGCUUUUAUUCUUUUUAGUCAGUGCAAAUGAGGAUGACUGAGCCAAAACCAUGCUGCAAGUGUUCCUAAGCUUGCCAAUUGGGAUCUCUUCCUGCCCUUUUUUCAGAAGAGCAAAUUAGUUCUCUGAAAUGAGCUUGCUUUGCCUGCAGUGUCUUUGAAACCGAGAUCCUAAUUUUGCAGCCUAGCCCAGUCUUGAGUAAAACUGAGUGUGUGUGUGCGUGUGUGAGUACAGAGACAAUAUUUUGUUUUCCUAACUUGGCAAAUAGAGGAAGGAGGCAUGUUGCAGAACUUAGAAUCCAAUACAUGGAAGCCAAAUGCAAGUUUCAAACAGAACCACUGUAGUAGCCUCAUCGUGGACAAGGAGAAAGGUUGGGGACAGCAAGUUAGAGAUAAGGUAGAUUGAUUGGAAAGGGGAAGGCAGGGGGAUAAAAUUUUGUUCACCAGAAAGUGAAGGUUCAGCUAAUGAGAAGAUAUUUGAAAUUCAAGUAUUAGCAAAGUAAGAUCAUAAUGUUUUUGCUUUGAUUUUUGUAUAAGCAGGAUGAGUUUUUUUAGCUUGCAAAUAAUCUUUCAACUUUGAAUUUUACUUUUAUGGAAUGACAUUUUAAAAUGUACAAAUGCAUUAAAAAAAAAUCAGCUAAAUAUCAACUAGAAUAUGACAGAAUAGAUCCUGGUCCCACCCCUGACUUCCCAGAUCUGCUCCUCACCAGUGAAGCUGAAAACUCAAAAUUUGGCUCAGCUCCAGUGAAAUACAAUUCCUCCUUUAAUUAGACAGGACCACUGAUGAGACUUGGGCAGGUUCCUGAAUAAGCACAUCUUUUAGUGCUGUAAGAAGAAGUGAGUGACUUCACAUCCAAGCUUUAACUUGCUGAUUGCACAUGACUUGCUGAUUCAAUCCAUAAAUCUUAAUUUGAGAUAAUGGCAUGAGAAAGGUUUCCAUUAUUGGAUUACUUUAGUUUACAUUAUUAAUGAGACAAUGUUAUGUCCAGAUAAAACAGUAAUUAGCCGUUUACAAUCAUGUAAUUGUUAAUCGGUUCCUAAAAGAUGGGAAGUAGCAUGCUGAGACUCCUGCUGGAAAGAGGAACAGCAGAACAUGGAGCAUUUUUUAAUCCUUUGUAUCAAACAUUUAUGUACCUAAAAUAAAAACAAAAUACCAUUUACAAACCAAACGUAAUCUACUGAAACAUGUAAAAUUUUGGAACUAAAGUUGGGGUUUUUUCAAAGCAAUUGAGAAUUAUUAUUCUUGUAAUGACUGCUUCCUGUUCCUGUGCUGAAUUAAGCUGGGAGAGCAACAGUGUGGUUGCAGGGCUUGUUUCCCCACUAGCCUCCCACAAUUUAAUUUACAAGCUGCUGGACACUGUCCAACAGGAAAUACAGUCUCGCUGGGAAAAUCCUCACUAUGGAAACCAUCACAAUUUACAGGAGAAGGUACUGGCUUUAAAUGAUAGAAUGGAUUCAAGAGAGAUCUGGAAAUGCUUCCAGGUUCCCAGACAAGAGCCAGUCCCUCCUUGUGCCAGGCUUUGCUGAAGCUGAACCCCCUGGAACACCUUCCCACCGUGGCCAUUGUCCCCAGGGAUGGCGAUACCCACAGCACCCCAUGGCUGGGAUCCAGUGUGGGUGGCUGGGGGACCAAUCUGCAGAAGACUUUGCAGAACCAGGUGAGCCCAAUCACCCCAACAUUUCCUGAGACCACCCACUUAGGUACUGGUUUGGGGGAUUUUACACAUCUUAAGGUAGAAGCACGAGGUACUGCCAGCCUGGUCCGAGGCUGCAAUACCCCUGUGAACACAGUGUGCACUUGUUGUGGCAUCAUUACUCCCACAUCUAACCUUGGAGCAGUCUGAAAUUGCAACAGAGCUGCUGUGUUUCACAGAGGCACAGAGAAAGGGUGAAAUGUCCUUUCUUUGUCCAUUUCCUCUGAAGAGAAAACAUGAACGAGAAUUGAAAUUCCUGGGAGGAGACUUUGUAACACUACCUGCUGGACCAUGGUUUCUAUAAAGGAUAAAUCAUUUGAUGUAUGCAGGGAAAGCACACUUGGGUGUCUCUGCUGACUGUGCAGGAAUAUGAUCUUGCAGGGCUAUACAUAGGAUGACUGCUCCAAGACCUGUCAGAUACUGGAAAUGCAGACAGAUAUAGUACCAUGGUUGAGAAAUCAGAGGUUCAACAGCUCCACAAAUGACAUUGCAAUUAAAAGGGAUAAUAAUAAAAAAUACUAUGUUCGGAAAGUAUCAGUUUACGGUGAGCUCAAGUUUCCAGUUUGUGGAGAGUUGUUUGUUUUUAGAGAGGAUGGUGUGCUUCUCCCAGCAAAGAUAUGUAAACAUUUUCUACCAAGCCAGAAUGCUCUUCCUAAAGCUGCUAUCUCAUGCUUACCGAAGCUCCUAGGCCUCAGUAGGCCUAAGAGCUUCAAGAACAGCCAGAAGCGAGAGAGUUCAACUUCAUAAACACAUCUGUGGAUUUUGUUUUGGUUUUUUGUGUGUGUGUGUGCAGUAGGGGUUUUGUGGUUUUUUUGGUUGUUGGGUUGGUUGGUUUGUUCAUUUUAAUGCUACGUCUAUAGGAUGCACUCAGAGCGCACCCUUUCCGGAGACUCAGAAAUUUGUGUUUCAGCCACUACUAAUCUGGUGUGACUGGAUCACCAGGAAAGAAAAAUGUUCUGGGCAAUUCAAGAAUGCAAACUGUGGAAAAAAAAAAAAAAAAAAGGUCAAAGAAAUGCUUGCAUCUGAACAAGUUUGCAUAGUCAAGACUACUUGACUUGUUGUUAAGCUUUAUGCCUCAGAGCUCUGCUGGGGAACGCUGUCAGCUUCUAAAAGGCUGGAGGUCAGGCUGGAAAGCUCCUAAGCCUUGUCUGAUUUCUGUGGGGAAGAGCAGAGAGGAGCACCAGACUUCAAGGUACAGGAACAUAGACACCUGGGACUGUGCAGAGCUCGGAGGGCUGAGUGAGCCUGUCUCGUGGGGCUCUGUGCUCGGCACACACGUUUGUGUUACUCAGUGUGGCUCUGCUUGCUGCAAACCCCCCACCAGUGCCAUCACUAACCCUGGGGAGAGUGGCACCCACUUUCUGCACUGAGAUUUGCGGGUCACUUUGCAAGCCAGCGCCAGCUGCUGGCUUUCCAAGAAUGAUGUCCAGCAGAAGCUGCUCCUUGCAGGAAGGAGAAGGUCCGGAAUACCCCAGCCACCGGCAGGCUGGGAGUGUGGGGGUUCAGAAUGUCACCAUGGAGAAUGGCUCUGUCUGGCGUGGGGUCUUGGGAGAGACGGGCAGGCCGUGUUUGGCAGAGGCAAGACAGAGAGCAGGAGGAGAAACAAAGAGUAGGAUAGUUAAAGGGAAAUUGGGAGAGGAGACUGUAACCUGUAGUCGUCGGAGAUGUAAAAUAUGUAACCUUAGAAACUGAAGUUUUGUAGCUGCUGAACUGUUAGUUUGUAACAGCAUAUAAAGAUGUGCCUUGUACAAUAAAAGUUGGCUUUGCAUGCA